AGGACCCUGAAUGCUUGAAGGUGAAAGUCAACCCGUUGCGAACGAACAUCAGCAAGCAUCUUCUACACCAGAAGGGUUCAGCCAGCUUUCGCACGAUCGCAAGCAAGCUCGCACGUUAUCACCAACCAAUAUGACAGAUCAUUCGCCCGUGUCACCUGUUAGACCAGAAGAAUCAGCGACGACCCGAGAGGAGAUGAGUUUCGACGAUACCGAGCAAGAGAUAGGCACAGUGUCUCCAGUUGCCAACGAGUCGCAGACCAAAAAUGCGGCACCGUCCCCAUCUCCAAGGCCGAGGGUACAAUUUGCGGAGCACAAUGAGGAAUUCUCACCCCCGAAGCCUCCUCGACCAGUCGACCCGAUGCAACGCGCCGAGACCACACUCAUCGAAGCAUUUCCAACAAUCGAACACAAGAUCAUCAGAGCUGUUCUGGUAGCAAGCGGAGGCAAAGUGGAACCAGCCUUCAACGCGCUACUUGGGAUGUCAGAUCCAGACUUCCGGGCUGAGGACGUGCCACCACCGCAGCCACCUCGAACGGUCCGCAGGGAGCCGGUCAGCCAGUUGGAAGCGGACGAGGCUUAUGCCAGACAACUGGCAGAGGAGUAUGAUGAUGCUGGCCAACGCACACGAACGUCGUACAACCAGCGUGAGCCAGCACGUCGCGGACCCAAUCAGCAACGCCUCGAUUAUGAUUCAGAAGACAGAGAACGCACCUUCCUAGAUGAUGAUCUGCCAGAAAUAGGACGAAACAUCCAACAGGGAUUCAUGGACACUCAAAAGAAGGUCAACAGCUGGAUAACCAAUUUGAAGAAGCGGCUGGACGGGGACGGUGAUGAAGAAGAUCUCUACACUUCUUCACAAUCAAGUUCCCGCCAGAACACGGGAUCAUGGCCAAGGAGGAACGACUUCGGAUCCAGUCAGCAAGAACAAAUCCAGGGCAUUAGGAAGCUUAGUGAGCAGCAAAGAAGGAGCACCGAGACCCAGCGAUACGAUGCGGAUCCACAUGAGUUCAGGGAGGAUGAGUUUGAGCGUCUCGAAUUGCGGGAUGAGGAAACAGCUCCACCACAACCUCCGAGGACCAGCAGUCGGAAGACGCCCAAUCCGGAUUUGUUCAAAGUACACCCACCUCUGCCAAUGCAGAGCGGCCCCAUCGACGAAGUCGAAGCUGCUGACCGAAGGGCUUCGGGCAAAGACGCAACGGAAGCGGAGAAGAGCAAGAAAUGGCAGCCACUCACCAGUGUCACUGCCCAUCCUGAGGAUGACAAUGACCCUUUCUCGCUCGGAGAUGACGACGAGGAGAAGGAGAAGGAGAAGGCCGAAGAUUUACGUAAAGAAGACUCGGACCGGCUCAAGGCUGCUGCUUCAAAGAGUACCAGCCAGCCGACUGAUGGGAAAGCCCCACUCGAGGAGAAUCAGACAAGUGACAGCACAGGCGUCAAAGACAAAACCGCCGAAGAAUUGUUGACCGGGAAAUAAGAGUAAGCCAGCGUAAGCAUUGCAUCGAUCAUAAAGACGCAACGCAGGCAUCCCAAAAUGAAUUCCGUAGUUUCAAAGUUGCCCUGAUACGUUGAUGAAUCUGAAUUAUCGAGUGC